UCGAACUUGCGUUCGCAUUUCAUCAAAUCUCGUUUUACGAAUUACGAAAACAACAACGAUUGACAAUCGCAUUCGAAUAUCGCAGGCAAGUCGCACUUUCUGCCGUUUAGAAAACAUGAAAUAAGUAAUAGUCAACUCUAAUAGCAUUCGUACGCUGUAGAAUUUCAUUUUGUGUAAACGAAACGAACGUGAGGAAUAAUAGAGAACGCGUUGUCGUUCGAAUCGAUUCGAAUCGCGAGCCAAUCGAGAGCAGCGCGCUAUUGCGAUGUCGACUCGAGGCCGCUGUGCCCGUUAUUAUUUGAAUAUAUCGCGAACGAAUUACCAAAUUGACAUGAAACAAUUGCUGAUCGUAACCGGCAGCAUUUCUACGCUGUGAAAUUUGAUUUCGUCCGGGUAAACUGAACGUAUGUUUUCGUAACGGCGCGCGGACGGUCGGUGAUCGUUUGAAUUCCGCGCCGGUGUCGAGAGCGACGCGCCGCCAUGAUAGCGCAGCUGGUGAAUAAUGGUGCCGUGGCGGGGGAAAACGGGAGACCGUGCAUCGUGCAUCCACCAUAACGGCUUGGAGAUUCGUGACAUGUUCAAUGGCCGCCGCCGUACUGUCUACACACGUAGCGGAACGCGGUAGACACGCAAACCGCGUUCCGUGGUGGUUCACGACGUAGUGUUUACUCUCAGCCGGUUCGAUAUAUAUCCGCCAAUCUGUGGCCGGGCCUGCAGACCAUGGGUUCGAAGAAGCACAAAAAGCACAAGCGCGAGAGGCACGAAGGAAUAUUGACUGCGUUUUCACCAAGGACAAACUGAGAGAGUGAGGUUGGAGUAGAAGUGAGGUGGAUUCAAAAGUAUAAACGAAGGUUCCACAGCGACAGGUGCGACGUGGAAAUCAGUUGAAGUGCAACAAGAUCUACGUUGGUUUGGAAUGCAUUGAAGUUCCUUUUAUAUCGUGAAGACACUUUUCGUUCUACGUUACAUGGAAGGGCAGUAUUCAACCACGGACAAACCCCCUACUUUAAAGCUCAUUCUAAAAGUAGGAGGUAGCAGCGGUAUAACUGAAUACAUCAACGAACCAAGCCAGGCAACGAUGUUGUCCCAACAUUUGGGUGUUUACCAGCAACAGAUGGGUCUCAACUGUUCCGUAACGCAGGAUUCAGAGUAUGACAGGUACAUCGGUCACAAAAAGCUAAAGAAGAAAAAGAAAAAGAAGGACAAGCGGCACAAGCACCACCACAAGGACAAAAAGAGACGAAGGGAGGAGUCCAGUCAGGAAUCGGUCGGCGACGCGGACGAGAGUAUGGUCGAAGUCCCUAAAAAGAUUCCUAAUCAUCAACUGUUAGUCCCAAGACACCCGACUGCCGGUGAACAUAGAGUGGGUGUCACCAAUCAAAUCAGCUCCCUGUCCCCCCACAGGGAGCCGAGAACAUGCGUACUUAGGAAAAUUGCGGAGCGUACUCCGCUCCAACGGUUACUAGAACACCUGCUUAGGUCAAUGGAGAAACGUGACCCACAGCAAUUCUUUGCUUGGCCGGUCACGGACAGCAUUGCCCCCGGGUAUUCUCAAAUUAUCACAAGUCCUAUGGAUUUCAGCACCAUCAAGCAGAAGAUAGACGACAAUAGCUAUCAGAACUUAAACGAAUUUAUAGACGACUUUAAGCUAAUGUGUGAUAACGCUACUACAUACAACCAGCCCGAUACGAUUUACUUCAAGGCAGCGAAGAAGUUGUUGCACGUUGGCCUGAAGAUGGUCACACCUGAGAAGCUUAGGCAAUUGAGACCUGUCCUGACCUAUAUGCAGGAUAUCUCGAAGGAGGAGCUCGGCUUCGAAUUGGGAACCGAGGAUCCAAAUAAUCCCGACGCUCCGAUCACGGAGGAGCAGAUAGAACGCGAACGGGAGCAGGAGGAGCGCAACGAAGAGGCGGAGGAACUCCGGAAAGAGAAUCAGAGAAAGAUGAGACUAGCGAAUUUAGGUAAAUUUGAAGCGAUUCCCGACGACCUGACGCCGGAAGAAAUUUUGAAGCAGGCCCGCGGAGCCGCGAAAGCAGCGGCGGAGAAAUUAUCUCUGAAGAGGCUGAACUCGAAGAUGGGUUUCCUCAGGCAGAAAAAAGAUGGGACCACUAGCUUGCAGAUAAUAGUACCGGGAGACGGUGUGAUUCCAGGAACGAAUCAGAGGCCCGUGUCCUUGGGUCAGCUCAUUGGCAAACUGAAUCACGGUACGGGCGCGUUGGCAGGAUUCCGUGAAGACAGGCGGAACAUGUCCAAGCCGGUGAAACCCUUAUACUAUGGUGCCUUCGGUUCUUAUGCUCCAAGUUACGAUUCCACGUUCGCUAACUUAACUAAAGAGGAAACUGACUUGGUGUACCAGACCUACGGCGACGAGACGGCUGUACAGUACGCAGAAUCGAUUCUAGACUUCGCUAAAGACUGUGAUUAUACAUUAACUAUGGUAGACGAUCUGUUGGAUAUCUUGACGGCCGGGGAUCACAGAAAGACCAAGAAGUUCCUCGAGGAGAAGCGGCGGCUCAAGGAAGAGGAGGAGAAGAUCAAACAUCUGCUGGAGAAGCCUAUGCAGGAUGUCCACCGAAAUGUCCCAGCCAUGGACAACGUCAAGGUGGACAUCGACCAACUGAAGACUCUCUCGGAACUGGGAAUCGACGUGAACUUCUUGGAGAACCUAGAAGACGACGUGAAAAUAAGCGAGGAACGCGCAGCCCUGCAGACUCGCUUGGACGACACGUCUCAGAUGAUAGGCCGUCUGAAACAGGCUCAACACGACCGUCUGUCGGGCCCGCCCCCCGCUCAUCUAUCAAACGUUCCUAAACCGUCUGAGAACGAAGUGGCCCUGGCCGACAAGAUCACGGACAAUCUCACAGAGAUAGCGAAGAAACUACCACCAUCCGCCAUCGCUCCCGUCGACGGUCUCCGGAGGGCAAUGGGAAUAGCACCCCUGGGCGGUCCCGAGCCCAUGGAGGUCGAGCCAAUUACGCACAAUCCAACAAUCGUCGCUGAGAAUAAUCUGUUGUCGCAAGCGAACAAUAAUCAAGUCCCGGCGAGCCUUUUGUCGGCGCCGUCGCCUAUUCAGAACGCGAAUUUGCUCAGCCCGACCAGCCAACAAGCCCCGACGAUCAGUAUCGUGAAUACUAAUCAAGCACCGAUCCAGAUACAGAUCGGCAUGACGCACAGUCAAACACCGUCGACUUUGCUGAGCACCGCGGAGACGUCCGCUGUUCCUGACCUAGAAACCGAGCUGCGGGAAUUUUUGGAGAGCGACCCGACGUUAGGACACUCGCCCCUGCACGACGAUAAAACCCUCGAGGACAUCUUGUCCGAAUCCUAGUGCGUACUCUUCGAGAUCCAGUGACUAUCGAUGCGACCUUCCCCGCAUCAACGUUAUGUCUAAACGAUAUCACACGACAGACUUGUAUCCACACCUUUCGGAUCCAUAGAUAUUUGCAAGGAGUGUACUUGCACAUUUCAAUGAUCCGUAGGUUUUGAAUUGCUGUGUUGAUAUUCGUUCUAGGUUUAAUUGCCAAUCGUUCGGUGAACGAACGAGGUAGUGUUGUAUACUGUUGUCCCAGUCGGCGCUUGUUUUUGUACGAACAUUAUUUAUAAAGUACAGGCAACGAAUGGUACCGCUGUACGAAGCUUGUAUAGUUUGCGUGAAAUACAUUUUGUAAUCGAGCAAACAACUUUCAGUGAAAUGUGCUAUGAAGAAGAAGAAGAAGAAGAUAAAACAACACUGUGGGGGUAUAAAUCUGAAUCGAAUCUGUUUCGUACGAAAUUCCGAUAUUGUUUUAUGUUAUCGGCUUCUCGCAAUUAUUCGUGAGGAAGGGGGGGGGGAAUGUUCUGUAAACGAAAGUAGAACAAGCCAUUGGAACGAUGUACUAAUUGUUCCGUAAUUUCGGAAAAAUAUCGGUGUACUCAUGCUACUUCAAGCAUGUAAUGAAGUUGUAAAUAUACAUAAAGUGUAUUUUUUAAAUUAAA